CAAAACAAUUCCUGUUUAGAUCUCCUGAACACCCAGCUGCAACCAUUUCUCCUCCAACAGCCAUGUACAGCUCCAGCUACUCCCAGGCCAAGUUUGGCCUGGAGGCAAGGGAGCCCUUGCACAAGCCCAAAGGAAAGAGCUGCGGCUACUACAUGAGGAUCGUCUUCUUCUUCUCCUCCCUGAUCCAGUCCCUCAUCAUCGUGAGUCUGGUGCUUUUCGUCAUCUAUGGAAAGCCAGAGAAGUCUGCAGAGGCGAAGAGGGUCGAGGACCUGGAGCAGAACUUCAACCGGCUGAGUGAGAACAACAUCCAGCUGAGGAAGGAGAAGGGCGAGCUGGGGGCUCAGCUGGCAGCUCGCACUGGAGAGAAAGGUGCUCUGGAGAAGGAGCUGGCAAAGCUGAAGACUGACGCCAACACCACACAACAUCUGCUGAAGAAUAAAGUGGCUGCCUGUGAGAGAGCCACUGCAACAACACUCAGCCUCCUGCGGCGUCCCACUCCUCCGAUCCAGCUCCCAGUUCCCGUCACCAGCAGCAGUGAAUUAAAAACGAUGCAGAGCCUCAACGCUCAGCAGAAAGCAAUGAUCCAACUCAUCCAGGCAAACUUCACCCAGAUGGUUCAGUACCUGAGCCAAGAGAGAGACAAUGCCCUCAAAGACCGGGACACACAACACCAGGAAGCCAUCAGCCUGCGCAGGGAGAACACCAUGGUGAAGGACCACCUGACCACCUACACCAGGAAGUGCAAAGAGGACUUUGCGAGGUCUUUGGACGGGAUCACAACGGUGACCAGGGAUUUCCUGAACCGCAUCAACAACCUGUUCCCGCACCAGAUGACCUUUCACCUCACCUGUGACAGCCAGCAGGAGCAGAUGGAGAAGAUACGGAACAGCUGCACCAACCUGUCCAGAGACGUGGAGAACAAGUUCCAGAUAUAUCUGGACAGAGUGGGCAGCAAGGUGUCAGAGAUCCAGGCGCUGUCCAGUCGUCUGGAGGUGCAGACGAUACAUCUGUCGUCCGAUCUGCAGCAGUGUGAAACCAAUCGCAGCAAGACCAUCGCCGAGGCGGCCAAGGAGCUCCAGCUCAAGCAAAAGAUUCAUGACGACCAGGUUGAAAAGUUACUGAUGGAGCAGAACAGGUUGAGGGAUGAGAAGAAGCUGCAGGAAGAUCGUUUGGCCCUGAAAGAGCGAGAACUCAAGACCCUGCAGCAAAUGCUUCUUGCUCAACCCGCUUUCAAGCCUGGUCUUCCUAAACUGGGAGGCCUUCAGCCUGCGUCCCAGCAGGAAAGACAGACUGUGCCUAACUGGCCGACUAACGGAGUAAACGGCAUCAACAAACCUGCAACGGGGAGAUGAGAGGAAGCAGCCGAGUGUAUAUAUUAAUAUCCUGAUCCCGCCCACUCCAUCAGACACAACCUGUAAAUACUCAGCUUCCUCUUUAAUGACACAGUUGCUGUGGUGCAUGCUUUGUGUAGCUCUGCUUUAAACUGAA